CAGUCGACUUCAUCACUGUAGGAUGGUGCUGCGGCUCCACGGCACCCAACAUUAACGGACAAAGUUUGAUAGGACAGCAGAGCACAACAGGUCAGCCAUCUUUACUGAUGUGUGUUAGAAGAGGAAAGAGAACCAGACAGAGAAAAUCUUCCUUAUAUUCGUAACCGUCACUUGUCCUCCAGCCCAACCAUGAGGGACAGACUGAGCAACCUGCAGGAAAUGUCCAAAAAUGGACACGUGGAGCAGAUGGAGUACGCAGAGUCCACUGUCUCCGAAACCUUCAGCAACGUGGACCUGGAGGAGGAGUUGUCCCAUGAGGCGGUGGUGUUUGACAACAGCCCUGCUCUGGAGGGAGUCUUCACCCAGUCGCAGGACAUCCACAGAGAGGUCCAGCUCAUCCGCCUGGAGGUCAAAAGGCUUCGAGAGCAGAACUCUCGCAUGCUCCAGGGCGUCACCACCAUGAGCACCAUCAAAAGGGACUCCAACGCUAUAGGGGCUGAUAUAAAGUCUCGGGCUGAGGGUGUGCUGGCACGCCUGCAGGACAUGGAGGGCACGGCCCACAAGCUAGAAGAAGAACAUGGCGCCAAUUCUGCAGUCACGCGCAUAGCCAGAACGCAGUACGCUUCCCUCAGCAACACUUUCCGCGACGCCAUGUUUGACUAUAACGAGGCCGAGAUGAGCCAUCGGGGGAACUGUAAAGCUCAGAUCCAGAGGCAGAUGGAGAUAGUGGGACGGGAGGUGACGGGGGAGGAGGUGGAGGAGAUGAUCGAGAAAGGCCAGUGGAACAUCUUUAACGACAACAUCAUGGCCGAAGGCAAAACGGCUCGGUCGGCUCUGUCGCAGAUCGAGAAACGCCACCAGGAGCUGAUCGACCUGGAGACCCGGAUCCAAGGCAUCCAUGAGAUCUUCCUGGACAUUGCCAUGCUGGUGGAGGAGCAGGGCCCCAUGCUCAACGAAAUCCAAACCAACGUGCAGAAAACAGACGAGGGCAUACAGGAAGCCCUGGUCAAACUGGGCAGAGCCAAGCGUCACCACGGCAACAACCCCUUUAAAAAGAUGUUCUGCAGCUGUUUCCCAUGUGUUGACUAAUGACUCUAAUGUACACAGAUGAUGGAGGGAAAUUAUGUAAUGUGCUGUCCAGAUGAAGAGAAGUGCAAC